AUGAUAUGAUGACUUCCAGCGGGUGGGAGGGGCGGUGCAGCGGUCAGGCAGAAAUAAGCCCUUUGAUUUGGGUUCAUUUGUGCUCGUGUCCUCAUGUUAACUGCUGUCAGCUCGGUGCGACGGUUCCUGGCUCGCCGGUAUCUGUAUCGUAGACCAGCCUAGCACUCCUCGGCUGAAGGAAAACACGAUAAAAAGCAGCACAUGUAGAUCAUGGAGGAAAGUGCUCCACGUCCUGGCCGCUCUACGUUUGCGUGGCUGGUGGGAGCGUCACAGUUGCUGGGUGUGGCGUCCGUGGUGCUGACCGGCGUGUGGAUGGGUCACUACCGCGGGGGCUUCGCCUGGGACGGCUCAGGGCUGGAGUUUAACGUGCACCCUCUGUGCAUGGUGCUGGGACUGGUCUUCCUGCAGGGCGACGCCAUCCUGGUCUACAGAGUUUUCCGCAAUGAGGCGAAGAGGAACGUAAAGGUGCUUCACGGCAUCAUCCACCUGCUGGCCCUCAUCAUCAGCAUCGUAGGUACUGUAGCUGUGUUUGACUUCCACAGAGCAUCAAAGAUCCCAAACAUGUACAGUCUACACAGCUGGUGCGGCAUGGCUACCUUAGUCUUAUUCUCCAUACAGUGGGUGAUGGGUUUGCUGUUCUUCCUCUUUCCUGUUGCGUCGUCAUGGUUACGAGCCAUGUACCUGCCCAUCCACGUGUUCGGCGGUCUGGUUCUGCUGGUUAUGGCCAUAGGGAGCAGCCUGCUCGGCAUCACGGAGAAACUCCUCUUCAGCAUCAUGCCGACCUACUCUCAGUUCACCUCAGAGGGGGUGCUGGCCAACACCUUAGGGAUCCUGCUGGUGGGUUUCGGGGUGCUGCUGGGCUACCUGAUCACCAAGGAGGAGUUCAGGCGUCCGCCGAACCCAGAGGAAGAGGCUCUGUCUGUCCACUUCAAGACCCUGACGGAGGGGGGGUCCCCCACAACGCCGUGACCCCCAGCGGGACGUCUGACACCUCCCUGUUGCUUGGAUACCAACAGUGUCCCGCCAACAGACUGGCCAUGCACACAUGCAACACACAACACAAAUGGCCAUGAUUAAAAGUCACUAAAAUCACAAACCAUUUGAUCUCAGAUUACUGAACAGACAGGUCGAGAAAGAAAACGAGUUCGGACUUUAAUCUCAGAAAUCUGAGAAUAAAGUCAGAAUUUUGAGAAUAAACUCAGAUACAUUUUUUCACAUGUGGCCCUAAUCCUCCUCAGCUGUCAAUAAUUAAUGUUAACUCCGUAAGUAACUUGAUCGCAGGCUGCUUUUAAACUUGGUUGUUGCCCGGUUUGUUUGGACCACUUUUUUAAGUUUAUGGUCUGUACUCACUGACAGGUCAUCUGUGAGGGAAGAAGCUCCCUUCUGUAACACCACUGUCCAAUCAGAGUAGGCUCAACGUUUUGGUAGUCCAAACUCCGUAAGUAACUUGAUCAAUGAAUCAACCAAAAUCUAAAUCAAGUGAUAUGUCCGGGGCCACAUUCUCAAAGUUAAAGUUUAAUUUGUAUCAUAUCAAUAAUUUAAGAUGAUCAACUUUAUAGUUUUAAUCUAGGGCCGUCAGUAUUAGGAUGAAGUAGCUCAUUAAAAAUAAGUUUGUCAAGUUUAGUAGUCCACACCUGUUCAAUAUGCUGGAUAUGUAUCUAAUCAACAUUUCAUAUUUUCUGUUAUAUAGUUAUGUAUACUGAGCGAGCAUCCUUGGCAAAAACAGUUAUUUUUUGGUUGAAAUAAGUUGGUGCUCUAGUGUGCACCGAUUGGCUGUGUCAUUUAGGUAAAUAUCAUAUGUAUUUGUAUAUCGGCACAUACUGAAUAUUAAAUAACUCAGACCGGUAGGGCCAAAAUAACUUGAUGCAGACAUCCCUAGUUGGCACUAUUGUCUGUUACACACCAAAAGUCAAACUGAUGCUCACAUUUGAGAAUCUCCACCCGUAUGCAGAUGACAUCUUAAUUUUCACUAAGUCGUAAUGUCUAAAAAAAAAUCCAGCCCUUUGCACAAAAGCUGAGUGCACUUAUGCUGCAACUGGCCAAGCGAUCAUCCAAGAUAGGCGUAAUCUAAAGGGGGGAUGGGGGGGGAGUUACAACCAAUAAUCAAAACUGGCCAGUGCAACCCCCUCAAAUAUCUAAUAAUAAUUUCCUUUACAUAAAUAAAGACGUUUGCACCAUAAUUUGAUGCAGAAAAGGCACAAAUUCUUGCAUAAAUAUUCAAUACAACGCAAGAAAUGAAGUGUUCGAUAUGCUCAAAAUUUCAAGUUUGCUAAAAGUCUGAAAUUGGUCCAUUAGUUAGCGGUUUGUAUUUAAAUAGCCUGUCAUGUUUAAUAUAUCUGUUCAGUGUGUAUUCACAUGUACUGUAUGUGGUUAGUUUGGUAACUUGAUGCACUUUUACCUAAAGAUGUUAAAUUCAUGUCUUUGUGUGUGUGUUUAACCAAUUUAUAUAUAACAUGUCGCUACAGUUUUUUUUGGCUUGACUUCAGGACGCCGCACCAGUGCCUAAUACAAAGCCUUUACUGAAAAUGAACUGGACGUUGUUUGCCUUAUGUAUUUCUUACUGAAGAGGAUUAGGGCCACAUGUGAAAAAUGUAUUUCAGGUUUGAGUUUAAAGUCAGAAUUCUGACUUUAUCCUCAGAUUUCUUUUCUUCAGAAUUCUGUGUUCAAAGUGUGAAUUCUAAGAAAAAUCUCAGAAUUCCGACUUUAAACUCAGAACUUGAAUAUACUUUUUUCACAUGUGGCCCUAAUCGCCUUUCGCAAUUUCUUGACAGUGUCAUCUUUGAAAGAGAAGUUUAAAUUUUAUUGGGACAACCUGAAGUAAAUAAUAAUGUGUGAAACGAUGCUUUUGGUCCAGUUGUGUUUUUAACACCUGACUUGAACUUCUGAUAUAAUCUUUGUUAAUAAAGUUUGGGUUAACUAUUUAUUUAAAAGCAAUGAUAACGCAUUUAAAAUCCUUACAUUUGAAUGCCCCAGAGGAACCUUCAGAAAUGGGCUGCAAUCGCACCCAGUAUCUAAGAAAUACUGUA